AUGAAUCAAGCUUUCAGACGGGCAUCACAUCGCCUAUGGAUUUUGACAUGCUCUCUUGUUGUCGUCGUUCUGACAUUCAUCCAUCCUUGUGCUGUGUGUGUUGGAGCACCAUCGAAGCAAGGUAAUGAUGUCUUGAAUGGACGCUACGACAUUUCCUGGCGAAGUCCCUCCAAUUCAUCCAAAGACUCGAUGCCGCUAGGCAACGGGGAUCUGGCAGCAAAUGUCUGGACUGAGGCGGCAACAGGGGACGUCGUCGUGCUUCUUGCCAAGUCAGACUCGUGGAGCGAGGAAGCAAGGCUGUUGAAGUUGGGCGAGCUGAGAAUCUCUGUGUAUCCAAGACAGCAGGACAAAGGAGAUGUUCUGUUUGAGCAGACUUUGCACCUCGCCAAUGCCACGAUUUCUAUCACCACCAAGGAUGUCAGGAUACAGUUAUGGGUGCAUGCAGACACCAACAAGCUCCGAGUCUCUGUCAGGUCGCACCUUGUCGAGACCAACGUGCGAGCGUCGUUGCGGAUCUGGAGGAACGAGAGUCGCAAGUUCCGACGGGGAGAGGAGGGAGGGGCGUACGGGUGUAACUGCCGAGAGAACCUUGUCCGACCGGACUCUAUGUAUGAAGAUCCGAAUGCCAUUGUCUGGUACCAUCGGAAUGGGAACGAGACCUGCUACGAGCACAGCCUAGCGCUCGAAGGAAUCGGGGGAGGAGAGGAUCCCUUGAGAUUCCUCACGUCGGGCGGCAGCGUUGAAGGGAGGACCGUUGAUGGGUCAGAGUACAGGCCGAUGGUGAAGAAGAGCGCGCAUGUGCUGGAAAGUGUUGAGGCAGCCCACGAGCACCGGCUGGUGGUUUCAGCCGUCACCAUGAGGGCCGCGGAGAUCCACCAGUGGCUGGACGAGCUCACGAAGGUGAGGCAGAGAGAAGUUGCCAUGGCCGAUCACAGGAGAUGGUGGGAGAAGUUCUGGAGCAAGUCGCUCAUCGACAUCCGUCAAGAUGGUCAAGAGAAGGAGGCAACAAACGAUGACGCGUUUUUGGUCAGCAGAGCUUUCGCUCUCGAGCGGUUCAUGAUAGCGGCGGGAGGACGAGGGGAGUUCCCGAUCAAGUUCAACGGAGGACUUUUCACCGUAGGGAGCGAUCGCUAUGAUGAGGACUACAGGGAGUGGGGGGGAGGAGGCUUCUGGUUUCAGAACACGCGGCUCAUCUACUGGAGCAUGAUGGAGAGUGGAGACUUUGCGCUCAUGGACCCGUUCUUCAACAUGUACAACAAGUCCCUGAAGCUGCACGAGGCUCGCAGCAUGCGGUGGUUCCAGCAUGGUGGCGUGCGCGUCCCAGAGGUGAUGAUGUUCUGGGGAGGGUAUGCAGGAGAGACGUACGGGUGCGAUCGGGGGGACAAGCCCGUCUGGGCCGUGAGCAACCCGUACGUCCGUCACUCCACCUCCCAGGCUGUGGAGCUGCUGGCGAUGCAGCUGGAGAGGAUGCGAUACUUUGACAUCCCGUCAAGGGCAGCUGGGGAUUUCUUGGAACGCCUCCUCCUCCCCCUGUUGGAGGGAGUGAUGACCUUUUACCUGCAGCACUUCCAGGUCGAUCGGGAGGGGAAGCUUGUGCUUGCUCCCUCCCAGUGCUUGGAGACGCUGCAGGAGGCGAUCAAUCCGCUCCCCGAUGUUGCCGGCCUUGUGCACGUGGUGCAGGAGCUGUUGUCCCUCCCUCCCUCAUUCCUCCCAGCCAGUGUUCGUGCUACCUUGCAAGCUUUCUCCUCUAAAAUCCCCAGGAUCCCGACGGGCCUGCUAGGAAGCAGCAGGCAAUGCACGCGAUCAGCUCAGAUACUGAAGGAGGAUACCCUCGCGUGCCUGCGGGAGGGAGGCGAAGCUGCUGCCCCCGACGGCUCGGAGCGCAUCCUCCCGGCGGAGGUCUGGAGGGACAGGCGGGAGAACAUCGAGAACCCAGAGCUGUACGGCAUCUUCCCCUUCCCCGUCUUCGGGAGGUCUCAACCAACAUGGCAGAACAUCUCGCUAGAGGUCGCCUCCUCCUCCUACCGCCACAGGAAGGUCGCAUGCAACGUCGGCUGGUGUCAGGACAUAGUCCAGGCCGCCCUCCUCGGACUCGUCAACGAGUCUGCCGCUAUGCUAGUCGACAGGGCCCGAGCUCCCUCCUUGCGCUUCCCCGGCUUCUGGCUCCAGCACUUUGACUUUACCCCCGAGGUUGACCAUGGGGUCGUUGCCAAGCUCGCCUUGCAGCGGAUGCUUAUCCAGUUCUUCCUCUUCCCCCUUCCUCUGCCUUCCUUCCUAUGCACGCCCUCGGUCUCUAUCGCCAACGUUCUUCCUAAUCAAUCUUGA